AUGGGCAAGUCGCAGUCGAAGCUCUCCCCCUCCCAGCUGGAGGAACUCCAAAAAGCCACGCAUUUCGAUAAGAAGGAAUUGCAACAAUGGUAUAAAGGAUUCUUGAAGGACUGUCCGUCGGGGACACUCACCAAAGAGGAAUUUCAGAAAAUCUACCGGCAGUUUUUCCCUUUUGGCGACCCGUCAUCAUUCGCAAAUUAUGUGUUCCGCGUGUUCGACUCGGAUAAUAGCGGCAUGAUCGAUUUCAAAGAAUUCAUCUGCGCCUUAUCGGUCACGUCGCGCGGCAAGAUGGAGGACAAGCUGGACUGGGCCUUCCAAUUGUAUGACAUUGAUGGUGAUGGCAAGAUCACGUAUGACGAAAUGCUGGCGAUCGUUGAGGCGAUCUACAAGAUGGUGGGCUCGAUGGUGAAACUUCCCGAGGACGAGGAUACACCGGAGAAGCGCGUGCGCAAGAUCUUCCGCAUGAUGGAUAAGGAUGAGAACGGCAGCCUCGACAUGGAAGAGUUCAAGGAGGGCAGCAAGCGGGACGAGACCAUCGUCAGCGCGCUGUCGUUGUAUGAUGGGCUGGUGUAG